UGGCUCAUUCGGCCCCGAUCCUCUCUCCCAUUGGCUACAGUUCCGUUAUGGGCGGGGCCGCGCGUGCCCCCCGAGCAGGUAGGUUCCUCACUCGGGGACUCUGUGGUCAGGCGGGAGCGGGCGAACAUGGCGUCAAACAAGAAGGGCGGCAGGCUGGACAAAGGCGUCAACGGGAGACGCUCGUCCAAGCAGAAAGAAGCCCCAGUGGCCGCCGACACUGACAGGACUCACCUGAGCAGAGAGGAUACAGACAAGGAAAGAAGCUUGAAUCCGGAUGCUGUGAUGGACACCAGAGCGGUUUUUGUGGCCCUCUACAAUGUCUGCGAGGAGAACGCCUCCUUCUUCUCAGGAGGGGCCAAAGGGCCGCAGAGCGACGCCGCCCAGCGUCUGGUGGACACCAUGAAGCUGAUCCAGGAACACGCUCGCAGUCUGGAGCCGGUCAUCUCUGGCUUUGCCGCUGUCUACCACCAUUUUGACUUCGACCCGCACAUCCCGGCCAACGGCUAUCGCUCACUAGUCAAGGUGGUGCGUUGCUGCAUUCUUCACAUCAUCCACAAGGGGCGCUACAUCACAGCCAACCGCCGCAGCAUCUUUUUCCGCGUCGCCCACAACGCCGGAGAGAUGGAGGCCUACUGCAGCGCCCUGUGCCAGCUGCGGGCGCUGCUCUACCUGGCCCAGCGGCUGCUGCACGACAACAGCCACGGCGACCUCUUCUUCCAGGACGAGAGCGGCCUCAGUGAGAGCUUCGUGCGGGAGUACAGCUCCAUGCACAAGGGCUGCUUCUAUGGCCGCUGCCUGGGAUUUCAGUUCACUCCAUCCAUCCGACCUUCUCUGCAGACCAUAGCCAUCGGACUUGUAGCGUUUGGAGAAAACUACAGACGCCAUCAGUCGGGAAUAGGCGUCGCAGCCAGCUCCAUCUUCACAUCAGGCAAGUACGCCAUUGAUCCAGAGUUAAGAGGGGCCGAAUUUGAGCGCAUCACUCAGAACCUCGACGUCCAUUUCUGGAAGACUUUCUGGAACGUUACUGAGAAUGAGGUGCUUUCGAGCCUCGCCAGUAUGACAUCUGUUACGGUCAAGGUGAACCGAGCGCUCUCUGUGCCUCCCGUGCCCCUUGACCUCCCGUUGGCAGCCAACCACGCAGCCUCCGUGACCAUCGCGCCGCCCUCGGCUCACAUCGGCAUCGCUCCUGUUCAGAUGAGACUCCUCUCGUAUGACUUACGGGAAGGACAGGACAGUAAGACCAUGCUGUCUCUAACCCGCUCCGAGGCAGGUUCCAUCUCCCUCUCACUGGGUCUGAAGACCAAGCAUCUGCCUUCAUCCCCCUGCCUGCUCAUCCACUUCCACGGUGGAGGCUUUGUGGCUCAGACAUCCAAAUCCCAUGAGCCCUAUCUCAAGAGCUGGUCCCAGGACCUCGGCGUCCCCAUUCUGUCAGUGGACUACUCUCUGGCACCCGAGGCCCCCUUUCCACGGGCCCUAGAGGAGUGCUUCUACGCAUACUGUUGGGCUCUGAAGAACCACCACCUUCUUGGCUGGACCGGAGAGAAGGUUUGUCUGGCGGGCGACAGUGCCGGAGGCAAUCUGUGCGUGACGACGUCGUUGCGUGCCGCGGCCUACGGCGUCCGGAUGCCAGAUGGCAUCGUGGCUGCCUACCCGGCCACCCUGCUGACCGCCUACGCCUCGCCCUCUCGUCUGCUCACCCUCAUGGAUCCCUUGCUGCCGCUGAGUGUUCUCUCCAGGUGUCUCAGCGCCUACUCAGGUAAUGAGCCGCAGACGGAGAAGCAGGUGGAGAAGGAGAGCACACUCAGCAUGGUGAGGAGGGACACGGCGCUGCUGCUGCGAGACUUUCGACAGGGAGCGUCCAACUGGAUCCACUCUUUACUGGACUCCAACAGGGCCGUCAACCCCUCCAGCACGGAUGUAGAGUCAGGGGAAGCCACUGACGUGGUGAGGAAGAGCGUGUCAGAGACGUCCAUCUGCUCCCCUCACGUGGACCCCCCAGCCUCCUCGGAGCUCACAAACCUCCACACUGGCAAAUUAUCUGGGAAGAGCCAGACAUGCCAGGACCUGGGAACCCAUAAUUCCACCUCCCACUGUGCACCACUCCUGUCUGAACACAAUCCCGAACAAGUCAGUUUCUCCAUCUCCAGUGAACCUGAUACCCCUUUUCUUGGCCGUCUGUCGUCCGUGGCCAUACCGCCCUCCGGAGGCGAGGAUGGAUCAGAGUUCCCGCUGGGCUUUGAGCCCCUGCGCUCGGAGCAACUGUCGGAGAUGAAGUUGCUCAGCUCGCCGGUGGUCAAGGACCCCUACUGCUCCCCUCUGCUGGCCCCCGAUAGCAUGCUGGCAGCUCUCCCGCCUGUUCACCUCGUGGCUUGUGCUCUGGACCCCAUGCUGGAUGACUCCGUCAUGUUCGCCAAGCGCCUGAGGAACAUCGGGAAGCCCGUCACGCUGUGCGUGGUGGACGACCUCCCCCACGGCUUCCUCAGCCUAUCGCAGCUCUCCAAGGAGACCAGGGAGGCCAGCAAUGUGUGCGCCGAGCGAAUCCGCGCCGUCUUCACUCAAGAGGAGACGACCCCAGAGCCGCGCAAGCACCGCAAGCUGGAGCGGACCGACAGGGGCGGGCUGGCCCCCUCCGAGGGCGCGGCGACCCUCUUUGACAGAGGUGAGCUGGACGAAGGGCUGGGGGCUAAAACCGCUGAAGGUUUUAUAACUGUUGCUCAAAGCAGCGCUGACAUUGGGGGUGUGGAGGUUUAGGUCCACUAAAAGACUCCAGCAGCAAAAAUCACCCAAGACAAAAGGCCCUUUAAUACUGCCUGGAAAGGCCAGACUUUUUUUUUUUUUUUGCCUGUUGCUUCUUUAUAUAAAUGGCAAUGACACUUAACGGGGUCACUUUCUGGCAUCUGAGGUAGUAUCAGAGGCGGGACGCUACCUGUGUACAAUUCUGGGACCUUUUUAUUUUGAAAGCAAUUGUCGCUGUCCGUCAAGCACUCACAUGAUUAUGUUGCUGUGUGACAGCACCAUGUCCUGCUUUGCAGAUAAAUUCUACUGAUGUGACAAUUUUAGGCAAAAUUUAUGCAAGCCAAUGCUUAUACCAGGAGAGAGCAAUAGACAAAGAACAGGAUGUCCUCUUCUGCUUAAAAAACGAUGACAAAAGCCCCUUUAAUACUUGCUGGAAAGGCCAGACUUUUUUUUUUUUUGCCUGUUGUUAGUUUAUAUAAAUGGCAGUGACACUUAACGGGGUCACUUUCUGGCAUCUGAAGUAGUAUCAGAGCUGUAACAGAGGCGGGACGCUACCUGUGUAUUAAGAUAUUCCGUAAUUCUGGGACCUUUUUGUGUUGAAAGCAAUUGUCCCCUCCGUCAAGUAUUCACGUGAUUAUGUUGCUGUGUGACAGCUCCAUGUCCUGCUUUGUAGAUAAAUUCUACUGAUGAGACAAUUUUAGGCAGAACUUAUGCAAGCCAAUGCCUACACCAGGAGAGAGAAAUAGACAAAGACCAGGAAUUCCUCCUCUGCUUAAAAAACGAUGACAAAAGCCCCUUUUAUACUUGCUGGAAAGGCCAAACUUUUUUUUUUUUUUGCCUGUUAGUUUAUAUAAACGGCAGUGACACUUAACGGGGUCACUUUCUGGCAUCUGAAGUAGUAACAGAGCUGUAACAGAGGCGGGACGCUACCUGUGUAUGAAGGUAUUCCGCAAUUCUGGGACCUUUUUGUGUUAAAAGCAAUUGUCCCUGUCUGUCAAGUAUUCACAUGAUUAUGUUGCUGUGUGACAGCACCAUGUCCUGCUUUGUAGAUAAAUUCUACUGAUGCGACAAUUUUAGGCAAAACUUAUGCAAGCCAAUGCCUGCACCAGGAGAGAGAAAUAGACAAAGACCAUGAAUUCCUCCUCUGCUUAAAAAACGAUAACAAAUGCCCCUUUAAAACUGCCUGGAAAGGCCUUUUUUUUUUUUUUUUUUUUUUUUGCCUGUUGCUAGUUUAUAUAAAUGGCAAUGACACUUAACGGGGUCACUUUCUGGCAUCUGAGGUAGUAUCAGAGCCGUAACAGAGGCGGGACACUACCUGUGUAUGAAGGUAUUCCGCAAUUCCAGGACCUUUUGUGCUGAAAACAAUUGUCCCUGUCCGUCAAGUACAGGUGCUGGUCAUAUUAUUAGAAUAUCAUGAAUAAGUUGAUUUGUUUCAUUAAUUCCAUUUAGAAAGUCAAACUUGUAGAAUGUAUACAUUCAUUCCAAACAGACUGAUACAUUUCAAGUGUUUUUUGCCAAAAAGGAGAUGAUUAUAGCUGGCAACCAAUGAAAACCCUAAAUUCAACAUCUCAGAAAAUUAGAACAUGGUGAAAAGGUCAGAUAUUGAAGACACCUGGUGCCACACUCUAAUUAGCUAACUAACUCAAAACACCUGGAAAAGCCCUUAAAUGGUCUCUCGUUUUGAUUCUGUAUGACACACAAUCAUGGGGAAGACUGCUGACUUGACAACUGUCCAAAAGAUGACCAUUGAUACUUUAAAAAAAGAGGGCAAGACACAAAAGGUCAUUACCAAAGAGGUUGGAUGUUCCCAGAGCUCUGUGUCCAAGCACAUUAAUAGAGAGGUGAAGGGAAGACAAAGAUGUGGUAGAAAAAAGUGUACAAGCAAGAGGGAUAACCGCGCCCUGGAGAGGAUUGUCAAACAAAACCGAUUCAAAAAUGUGCGGGAGAUCCACAAAGAGUGGACUGCAGCUAGAGUCAGUCCUUCAAGAACCACCACGCACCGACGUAUGCAAGAUAUGUCGCAUUCCUUGUGUAAAGCCACUCCUGAAUAAGAGACAACGUCAAAAGCGUCUCGCCUGGGCUCAAGACAAAAAGGACUGGACUGCUGCUGAGUGGUCCAAAGUUAUGUCUUCAGAUGAAAGUAAAUUUUGUAUCUCCUUUGGAAAUCAAGGUCCCAGAGUCUGGAGGAAGACAGGAGAGGCACAGAAUCCACGUUGCCUGAAGUCCAGUGUCAAAUUUCCACAAUGGGUAAUGGUCUGGGGUGCCAUGUCAUCCGCUGGUGUUGGUCCACUGUGGUUCCCGAGGUCUAGGGUCAAUGCAGCAGUCUACCAGGAAGUUUUAGAACACUUUAUGCUGCCUGCCGCGGACCAAUUUUAUGGAGGUGAAGAUUUCAUUUUCCAACAUGACUUGGCACCUGCACACAGUGCCAAAUUUACCAGUACCUGGUUUGAGGACCAUGGUAUCCCUGUUCUUGAUUGGCCUGCAAACUCACCUGACCUUAACCCCAUAGAAGACCUAUGGGGUAUUGUGAAGAGGAAGAUGCCAGAUGCCAGAGCCAACAAUGCUGAAGAGCUGAAGCAAGCUGGGCUCUCAUAACACCUGAGGAGUGCAACAGACUGGUCGACUUUAUACCACGCCGUAUUGCUGCAGCAAUUCAGGCAAAAGGAGCUGCAACUAAGUAUUGAUUGCCGUACAUGCUGAAACUUUCCAUGUUCAUACUUUUCAGUUGGACCGCAUUUCUAAAAAAAUAUUUUUUGGUACUAGUCGUAACUAAUAUUCUAAUUUUCUGAGAUACUGAAUUUGGGAUUUUCAGUAAUUGUCAGUACUAAUCAUCAAAAUUUAAAGAAAUAAACAUUUCAAAUAUAUCAUAUGUGUGUAAUGAAUUGAUAUAAUAUUUAAGUUUCACGUUCUGAAUAUAAUUACUGAAAUAAAUCAACUUUUUCAUGAUAUUCUAAUAAUAUGAACAGCACCUGUAUGUUGCUGUGUGACAGCACCAUGUCCUGCUUUGCAGAUAAAUUCCACUGUUACGGCUCUGAUGCGACAAUUUUAGGCAAAACUUAUGCAAGCCAAUGCCUACACCAGAAGAAAGUCACAGACAAAAGACCAGGAUUUCCUCCUCUGCUUAAAAACGAUGUUAGCGAUCCUGUCAGAACACCAUCUGGCGCACAAAGAUGUUGAUUGACUAGUUUAAGGGAGGUAUUUAAGAAGUGGGGGUCUAUUUAACGCAGAUCGGCGCUCGCCCACGCGGGGCGAUCCUCCGACGUGUGAUUCAUCAGUCACUUAGGCCGCUAAUUAGAUAACACUCCUCGGCGGAAUCGUUGCAAUGUGAAUGGGCUCUUGUCCUGCAGAGAGUCUCUCCUCGUCGCUCUUGAUAACCGUGCGUUGUGCUCGCUCCAUUACGCCGAUACAGCUCACUUUGUUGACGCUAACUCUGUUGACUUGUGCCCAAAUUGGAUUACCUCCAAAAGAAAAAAGUGCAACAGGCAGAAAGGCUGCACUGAAUGUGUAUUUUGUGGUAAUCAUUUGCUGUAUUUUCUCUCUACCAGGGGUAGGGAACCUAUGGCUCUAGAGCCAGAUGUGGCUCUUUUGAUGACUGCAUCUGGCUCUCGGAUAAAUCUGAGCUGACACUGCUUAACACGAUAAGUAAUGAAUAAUUCCACUUGUAAUCACAGUGUUAAAAGUAACGUUCAAAAUAUAAAACAUGCUCAUGCAUUUGAAUCCGUCCAUCCUUUUCCUACCGCACUUGUUCAAGAAGUUGCAUUAAGGAUAAGAAGUAAUUUAUUUAUUAUUGGUUAGCGUAGAGCAGGGGUCACCAACCUUUUUGAAACCAAGAGCUACUUCUUGGGUACUGAUUAAAGCGAAGGGCUACCAGUUUGAUACACACUUAAAUAAAUUGCCAGAAAUAGGCAAAUUGCUCAAUUUACCUUUAAUAAAUAAAUCUAUAUAUAUAUUUAAAAAAAAUGGGUAUGUACGGAAGGUUUUUUUGUAGAGAAUAAAUGAUGAAAAAAAACACUUAAUUGAACAGUUUAAAAGAGGAGAAAAUACGAAAAAAAUGACUAUUUAAUUUUGAAACAUAGUUUAUCUUCAAUUUCGACUCUUUAAAAGUCCAAAUUCAACCGAAAAAUAUGAAGAGAAAAGCUGGCUAAAUUUAAUCUUUUUGAAAAAAUUAAAAAAAUAAUUUGUGGAAGUAAUUUUUCCUGAUUAAGAUUAAUUUUAGAAUUUUGAUGACAUGUUUUAAAUAGGUUAAAAUCCAAUCUGGACUUUGUUAGAAUAUAUAACAAAUUGGACCAAGCUAUAUUUCUAACAAAGACAAAUCCUCAUUUCUUCUAGAUUUUCCAGAACAAAAAUUAAAAAAUAAAUUCAAAAGACUUUGAAAUAAGAUUUAAAUUUGAUUCUACAGAUUUUCUAGAUGUGCCAGAAUUUUUCUUGUUGAAUUUUAAUCAUAGUAAGUUUGAUUAAAUAUUUCAUAAAUAUUAUUCUUCGAAAAAACAGAAGCUAAAAUUAAGUAUUAAAUUAAAUUUUUAAUUAAAUAUUUAUUAUUCUUUACAAUAAAAAAAAAAUAUUUGAACAUUGAAUUAAGUUGUCAGGAAAGAAGAGGAAGGAAUUUAAAAGGUAAAAAGGUAUAUGUGUUUAAAAAUCCUAAAAUGAUUUUUAAGGUUGUAUUUUUUCUCUGAAAUUGUCUUUCUGAAAGUUAUAAGAAGCAAAGUAAAAAAAUAAAUGAAUUUAUUUAAACAAGUGAUGACCAAGUUUUUAAAAUAUUUCCUUGGAUUUUCAUAUUCUAUUUGAGUUUUGUCUCUCUUAGAAUUAUUAAUGUCAAGCAAAGCGAGACCAGCUUGCUAGUAAAUAAAUACAAUUUAAAAAAUAGAGGCAGCUCACUGGUAAGCGCUGCUAUUUGAGCUAUUUAUAGAACAGGCCAGCGGGCGACUCAUUCGGUCCUUACAGGCACCGCGUUGGUGACCCCUGGUGUGGGGCGUGCCCUCCUGGGGGUUCUUCAGACCACCAAGCACCGACACGAGAGCCUGUUUCAGGGUUACAAUAUUAUUUUAUUUUUCAAUAAGUCUCUCAGUUGCUUUCCAGCAAUUGUCUUUUUCUCUUUCGUUGUCGCUCGCGCUCUGGCUCAAGCCCCUGCCCCGUCUCUCCUCCUGGCUGCUGCUUAUAAACAGAGCGACAGAUGAUUAGAUAACAAGGCCCAGGUGGGCCAUCUACGUACCUGUCGCUGAUUUCGAGGCCGAUCCUGGCAACAACCCGCUUCGCUGCAGGCUCGCGGGCCACGCCCCCUCCACAGUUAGCUUCAGAAUAAGAGACUUAUUAUACUCUAGAAAUGUUGGUCUUACUUAAAAAUGCACGUGUUUAGUUGUGUUCAGUGCUAAAAAAUAUAUUAUAUGGCUCUUACAGGAAUACAUUUUAAAAUAUUUGGCUUUCUUGGCUCUCUCAGCCAAAAAGGUUCCCGACCCCUGCUCUACACCAUAAGUGUUUACUAGUUCAUUUGAAUAUGCUCAGACCUUGUUAAGGAACAGCUGCUCUGCAGGUAUAUUAGUAUAUGUUUUAUGAGUUCUGAAGAGGAGGAGGAUUGAUCAUUAGUGAGAUUAGUUCCUGGAACAUUCACCCACACCGGUUAUUGUGGAUGCGAGUAAAGCAUUUUGGAUCUUUUGAAGUAUUCCGGUGUCAGCUGGAGGACGCUAAGUAGUGUAUUUUCACACUUUCCUUUGACCGCACAAUCUUCACACCGUGCGCAGUGUGUCGACACCUCCGUUUUAGUGUCUGACGAGCUGCUCGCACAAAUUGAGCUGUGUGAGAAAAGUUGAUGCUCAAAGGACCCUGACCAGGAAAAAAAAGAUUGUACUGCUUCCCUCUCCUCAGUCGCCCUCCUCCGAUAACGUGAGGGCACCCCAUUUGAGAGUUUCACGACAGAAACGCAACAUUUCUACUUUGCUGCUUCCUGCGACCGCCGACAAUGGCGGCGAUUGGCCGCACGCCACAGGGCAUAAUAGUGAGAGUCCAGAGAUGGAAGGGGGGAAAGGAUUUAGCUGAAGUGAUACAGAGAAGCGGGAUUUUCAGAUGAAGACCGACUGUAGCGGAUUAGACGGCGCUCGCUGGUGUCAGCCUGGAGUAUUUUCCGCAACAUUUUCCUGUCGGCUUGAUGAAGAAAGGCGGCGCCAUCAAAGAGGAAGACAGUUUUGUUGUUGUUUUUUUCAGCCGUAGCACGGUUGUCCGUGGGUUUGCCUUCUCUGCACUUUUGCUUUAGGGCUUUAGAAUUUUAGGGCUUGUACAAUUUGUCGUUUAGUAUGUCGACUACCACGUCGAGGCUGUACUGGCACUUUAAUCCUCACCUGAGAUGCUUGCUUACAUCGUUUUUAAUUCGAGCUGGGCCUUCACUGUCAAUUUAGUCUGAUUUUGGUGUACUUUUACUUAAAUAAAUAAAUGAUAAAUAGGUUGUACUUGUAUAGCGCUUUUCUACUCAAAGCGCUUUGACACUACUUCCACAUUUAACCAUUCACACACUGAUGGAGGGAGCUGCCAUGCAAGGCGCCUACCAGCACCCAUCAGGAGCAAGGGUGAAGUGUCUUGCUCAAGGACACAACGGACGUGACGAGAUUUGUACUAGGUGGGAUUUGAACCAGGGACCCUCGGGUUGCGCACGGCCACUAUUCCACUGCGCCACACCAUCCCUAAAAACUAGAUAGGCAUCGUUUGUGAUAACUGUGCGAUUGUCAACUUCUGAACUGCUGUAAUUAGUCAGUUUUAGAGAACUUAAAUUAUUUUUUAACGUGAAACUAAAACUAAAUUAAUAGGAAAACCGAUUUUGUUUGCAAAAUAUUUUUGUUUUGAAGUAUUUGAAAAGUGCCAAAUGGACACUAAUAUCAAUCAAUCAAUGUUAAUUUCUAUAGCCCUAAAUCACAAGUGUCUCAAAGGGCUGCACAAGCCACAACGACAUCCUGGGCUCAGAUCCCACAUCAGGGCAAGGAAAAACUCAAACCAAUGGGACAAUAAGAAACCUUGGAGAGGACUACAGAUGUGGGGACUCCGAACCCCCCGCCCCCUCCUCCCGGUCGACCAGGGCAAUGGACGUCUAGUGGAUCUAGCAUAAUAUUGUGAGAGUCCAGUCCAUAGUGGAUCUAACAUAAUAGUAAGAGUCCAGUCCAUAGUGGAUCUAACAUAAUAGUGUGAGAGUCCAGUCCAUAGUGGAUCUAACAUAAUAGUGUGAGAGUCCAGUCCAUAGUGGAUCUAACAUAAUAGUGUGAUAUUCCAGUCCAUAGUGGAUCCAACAUAAUAGUGAUAGUCCAUUCCCUAGUGGAUCUAACAUAAUAGUAAGAGUCCAGUCCAUAGUGGAUCUAACAUAAUAGUGAGAGUCCAGUCCAUAGUGGAUCUAACAUAAUAGUGAGAGUCCAGUCCAUAGUGGAUCUAACAUAAUAGUGAGAGUCCAGUCCAUAGUGGAUCCAACAUAAUAGUGAGAGUCCAGUCCAUAGUGGAUCUAACAUAAUAGUGUGAUAGUCCAGUCCCGAGUGGAUCCAACAUAAUAGUGAGAGUCCAGUCCAUAGUGGAUCUAACAUAAUAGUGUGAUAUUCCAGUCCAUAGUGGAUCCAACAUAAUAGUGAUAGUCCAUUCCCUAGUGGAUCUAACAUAAUAAGAGUCCAGUCCAUAGUGGAUCUAACAUAAUAGUGAGAGUCCAGUCCAUAGUGGAUCUAACAUAAUAGUGAGAGUCCAGUCCAUAGUGGAUCUAACAUAAUAGUGAGAGUCCAGUCCAUAGUGGAUCUAACAUAAUAGUGUGAUAGUCCAGUCCAUAGUGGAUCUAACAUAAUGGUGAUAGUCCAUUCCCGAGUGGAUCUAACAUAAUAGUGAGAGUCCAGUCCACAGUGGAUCUAGCAUAAUAUUGUGAAAGUCCGGUCCAUAGUGGAUCUAGCAUAAUAUUGUGAAAGUCCAGUCCAUAGUGGAUCUAACAUAAUAGUGAGAGUCCAGUCCAUAGUGGAUCUAACAUAAUAGUGAGAGUCCAGUCCAUAGUGGGGCCAGCAGGAGACCAUCUCGAGCAGAGAAGGGUCAGCAGAGCAGAGACGCCCCCAACUGAUGCACAAAAGAGCGGUCCACCCUGGGUCCCAACUUUGGACAGCCAGCGCUUCAUCUGUGGCCACCAAACCUGUCCCGCCCCCUCCACAAAGGAGAGGGGGCAGAGCAGCAAAGAAACGGCAGAUCAACUGGUCUAAAAGGGGGGUCUAUUUAAAAGCUAGAGUAUACAAAUUAGUUUUAAGGUGGGACUUAAAUGCUUCUACUGAGGUAGCAUCUCUGUUACGAGGAUGGCAUACCGUAGUACUGGAGCCUGAAUAAAAAAAAACGCUCUAUAGCCCGCAGACAUUUUUUGGGCACUGGGAAUCACUAAUCACGUUGUAUUUUUUGGCUUUGGAAGUCGGACAUUCAGUUUGAAACGUUCAGUUUUAAUCAACAGAAUAAUUUUUUUGUUGUAAAAUCGUACAGUGUAAGCCCAGCUCGAACAAAAAUGUCUAUAAAGCACAUUGAACAUUUCAUUAAGCUGAAGUCUUUGUCCGACAUUUUCACUCUUGUGCGUAUUUGUAGAUUUAGCCAAUUAGUUAAGUCAUUGUUUUCGUAAAGUUUUAUGCUGCUGAUCCACAAAUUGCCUGAACUUCCUUAUGUUGUUUUUUGCCGCUUUGAGCUACCUCACGUUCUUUAUAAUUAAUGGUUGAGAUUUACACUUUUGAACGACGGAUAGCUGAUCCGGGUCGGCCACAGUUUGUUUGAAUACAGAAAAUUGUCCCUGUCAGGUUUAAGCACCGAAUUAUCAAUUAAACAGAACAAGAAACAAGGAAUCAGGCAGAGACAGAGUUCAAUUUUGCUCAUGAGGAGAACGCAUGGAGCUGCACACUCCGUUACGGUCUCACCCUACCCUCUGUUUAUUCAGUUUAGGAGUUCCCUAGUUACAUCGUACUGAGCUCAGUACGCACAAUACGUGAUUAUUCAGAACGGAGUGAGCUGGGUGGGGGGGCGUUGUGAUUGCACCCUGUCUCUGCUUUUUCUGCUUGCCGUUGAUAUGACUUAUCUUCGUUGAGGUGCUGGUUCGUCCUUUGGCUGUUAGCAAGCUGAAAGAAAGAAAACCUCGGCGGCGAGGCGACUCCGCACAUGCAGUGGGAGAUAAGUCGUGAGCCCUUGCACGAGAAGAAAAAGUACAGCUUGAGCACAAUAGAUAAUAAAUACAGCAACGGCCUAUAGGCUUAAGAGUUGUGUGAUAACUUAUCAAUCAAUGUUUAUUUAUAUAGCCCUUAAUCACAAGUGUCUCAAAGGUCUGCACAAGCCACAACGACAUCCACAGUUCAGCGCCCAAAUAAGGGCAAGGAAAAACUCACAACCCAGUGGAACAUGGAUGAGAAUGACUUUGAGAAACCUUGGAGAUAUAUACGAUUAUGUACAAUUAUUCUAACAGUCCCAUUUCCUGCUGAUUUGAUAUCCACUUUAAGGUUUUUGAUUUGAUAAUGUACAAUCAGAGAAUCAGUUAGACGACUGCAAUUAUUAUAAUGUUUCUAAUAGAUAGUUCAGUUUUUUAUAUUAGCUACAGACAAAACUGUGUCGUAGGACUGAAUCAGAACCAAAGACUGCAAGUUGCAAUGUUGGGACCGAAUCCUCUGUUUUUUUUUGUGUAAGCACAGCUGCGGUAAUAAUUAGCAACAUGUUGUAAAAUGCUAAUCAGGGUGAGAAGAAACAAGCCAUUUAAGUCACUCCUUUUUUUUCCCCAUGAACAAACACCAAGUGCAAACCUGUGAAAUAAAAAAAGAAAAGAAUGUCAUUUUACUAUUGUAUAAUCUGUGUAGAUAUUUGUAUCUGGCGAGCUUUUCAUCAGAUUCGAUGCUUUGCAGGUUUCCUACUCCAAAUGUCUGUUGAUUUGUAUAAAAUAAUAAAUGUAUCCUCCCACA